AUGAUUGGUGAUGGCACCGGUAGGAAAAAACUAGCUGAGGGAAAGGCAGAGCAAACGCUUCAAUGGUGCACUAGACAUCGCGUUCAAAAAACAAGUCAGGCAAGAAUUUUUGAUCUUCCAAAAUUCGCACCAACUGCAAGAAUCAUUAGACUAUCGUCUAUCAUAAGGCAAGAAAAACAUAAGAAAGGCCGUGGAGAAGCAGCUGACGACUCUUUGCUUAGGGACGCGGCCGGUUCUUUCGACAAUUUUGAUGCGUUCGAUUUGGAAGAGCUAGAGGCGUCAUCCGAUGAGACAAUGGCAUCUAGGAAGAAGGCCGCCGAACAACCACCGAGUAAUGAAGAAAACGUUGGCGAAUUCUUCCCGGAAUCCUCUUAA